AUGCUGGGGAAACUCUUCCUUGCCUUCUUCCUGAGAAGCCUGGUGCUGAUUGCAGCCUCCUCUUCUUCAUCGUCGGAGGAGGACGAGAGCAGCAGUGAGAAGGACAGCGAGGAUCACCCCAAAAAUCAAGAUGCCUGGCCUUCGACGUUCCAGCACUGCAGUGGAAAUUCCCAGUCUCCCAUCAACAUCGACACCAGGGAGGCCAUCUUCAACCCCAAGUUACCAGCAAUAAAGCUGGAGGGAUAUGACCUCUCAGACAAACAAUCCCUGAGACUGCUAAACAACGGGCACACGUUGCAGCUGAGUCUACCCAACACCAUGCGCAUCGUCAAAGGGUUCGACAGCGUGUUCCUGGCCGCGCAGCUGCAUUUCCAUUGGGGGACCAAGGAGGUGCCUGGGUCAGAGCAUACCAUAGAUGACGUCCACUUCCCGGCAGAGAUUCAUGUGGUUCACUACAACUCUAAAUAUGCAAAUAUCUCAGAAGCGGCCAGCAAACCGGAUGGACUGGCAGUGCUGGGGGCCUUCAUUGGGAUUGGUCUACAUGAGAAUGAAAACUAUGAAAAAAUCCUGUCAUCGCUUGCAGAUGUCAGCAUAGAAGAGUCUGAUACUGAAAUCCCAGGAUUUAAUGUCCGGUAUCUACUGCCAAACAGUCUGGAUCGAUUCUACAGAUACAAUGGGUCCCUGACCACUCCUCCCUGCUACCAGACUGUGAAUUGGACUAUUUUCAAUGAUACUAUCACAGUUUCGCGGAAACAGUUGGCUGCCCUUGAGGAUACGCUGAAAGCAGGACACAACCAGCACCUGACCAAAAACUUCAGAGCCCCCCAGCUUCUUCAUGGGAGACAGGUGCUGUCUUCUUUCAGUGCAGUUCCCAGUUCAAGGGGCACAGGUAAGGGACAUCCCAUCUAGCUUCACACUAAGCUGGGUAGUAAUCAGUCAAUUCCCUUUGCAGGAGACAUACUGGCCACAGCCUUUGGAGUUCUCUUUUCUGUCACUUUGUUAUCCUUUAUGAUGUACGCAUGUCAGCAACGGAAAAAAUAUUCAAGAUUCAAAAAAGAUGCGAGACAGAAUGUUAUUUAUAAGCCAGCAACCAAAGAAGAGGCAUAGUGCCCCCCCAAACCGC